UAUUUUGGAUAAUGGGACGUAACCGUCAUAAAUGGUCUAAAUAUUUUAAAAUAUUUGAUGAAUUCGCAAAUAAAAGUAAUAAAGCAGCUAUAUGUUAUGCCUGUUUAGAAGCUUUGGAAUUAGAAAAAAUUCUUCAAAUUGAAAAUGAAUCUAGUGAAGAAUCGGAUGAAGAUUCUACAAAAAAAAUUAAACAAACAGUAGCAAGUGGAUUACCAUUCAAAUGGAUACAAGAUGAUGAUAUCAUAGCUGCUUUUAAACUUGCUAAUCCUUCAAUUCAAUUACCUUCACGUCACAAAUUAAGCAGAUCUAUUUUAAAUAAAGAAAUACUUGUAACUAAUAUAGAGAAUUCAAUUAACUCAGAUGAUAAAAAUUUUCCAUCUGAUAUAGCUAAAAUUAUCAACGAUUCUGUGUUUUGGAAUGAUUUAAAAGAGCUUGAUGAAAUUCUUCUACCAUUUUGUGCUACUCUUAACAAGCUUCAAUGUGAAUUAGCACGCUUAUAUGAUAUUAUGCAUGCAUAUGCAUAG